AUGGAUUACUAUCAGCAGGCUCGUCCUCCGGCGACUGCCGCUCAAGCCUCCCAUCAGUACGUACAGUAUCCUACUCAAACAGGAGCAACUUCUUCGCAAAUGUAUUACCAGCAACAACCUAUAGGACAUCAACCACAACAACCCCCAAGUUAUCAAUUUCAAUUGCAAGCUGCUUCAGGCACGGCUAAUAUGGAUUACGGUCACAGUAUAGGUUGGUUUCCUCACUUUCUUAGAGUCAUUGGUAAAGUUUUCUCAAAUUUGACCAUUUCGUCGAUUGUAAUCUGUACUAUCGUAACGUUGCUUCUGGGGAUAGCAGGGCUAUGUGCGCAAUAUAGCGCAUUUUCUACUAGCAUCUCAUCAGCCCAGCUGCAUAGCUAUCUUUACUUAUCUAAGUUAGCGCUUUUGCAGCAAACCUUAUACGAUUUUUUGAAGCAUGUGGUACCAACUUAAAG